GCAGACCUCGCAGGUCUACUUUUGUAACGGCUUCUGUGCAGAAUUUGUUUUUGCUUUCUUCUGAAGAUUUGUCUUGAUUCUAAUAUCUUUUUGUAAAGAAGAGAAUGGUUUUUAGGAUCACUUUGUUUGCGAUACGAAUAGAACGUUUAAUCUUAACGUGGACUCUCCACACGUUGUAUAUUUAAGCUUUGCUAAAUUAAAAGGCAACAUUUUAAAAUUCAAAUAGAUUUUCGAUCAAGUUGGCUAUGCUUUCAUUUGUCAUAAUAUUUCGUUCCGCCGGAAUAUUUAGUUCACUUUCGUUUCACUACUUGACUGAGAAACAAGCUCCAGAGCACAACCUAAUUCAGAAAUGACGGAGAAUUCGGACGCGGAAGCGGAGUCAACUGGAAACGACGAGGUCUUGACGACAGGGGAUCCCGAGCAGCCAAGUGGGUCGGAGGAGGGUUCGCAGUCCUCAGAUUACGACGAAGAAUUCCAGCACCUCGAGGAGCAAAUAAAGGACUUGGAGAGGUGGAUUGCCCAGAAGAGGGAAGAGAGAAGGAAUUUAUUCAUUCGCCUCAUGAAUUUAUUCCUCGUUGUACUAGAGGCAAGGCUAUAUAGGCAGAACAUGUAGUAUAUGCGAUUUCUGUUAAGCUAUUCCCAACAUACCAAUGUAUUGUCAAAUGGUCUAAGUGUUGACGCACAAAUAUAUUAUGACCAUCCCUGAAAUGGAGCGUUAAUUAGAA